CAUUGGAGGCCCCACCCUUUGUGUUACCUACCGCCCGUCAAUCAAAAUAGAAAAAAUUCUGACAGUUAUCACCUAUUUCUACGCGUAUACAAUCUAUUUAAUUUGCUGAACAUGUCCGGUGGCUUGUGACUAUCAGGACUCUCCGUUUCACGACAAGUCACGUAAUGACUGCCCCAGGACAGCGGAUGAAACCAGAAGAUAUGGCUGCAUUGGACGUGGACAGCAGUCAAAUUGACUUUCUGCAGCAGGAGCAAGGCAGGGGCAAUCAGGACACUCAGCCAUCAUCACCCCUCAACCUGCUAGCAACCACCUGCACUAAGGUUGGGUCACCGUCUUCAGAGGUGGACAGAGGUGUUGCCGCUGAUGUGACAUCAGAUCUAUCUACGCAGCUUACUGGGACUGAUAAAUGGGAAGUCUUAACCCCAACAACAGCAGCAAAGGAUGAAUCUGGAAUGAUACAGAUUCAAAGUCAAGGAAUAUUAACAUCGAACGGACAGUAUGUUCUUCCUUUUCAGAACUUACACAGUCAGCCAAUCUUUGUGACUUCGGGAACGGACGCUUCCUCCGCCAACUCAGUGCCUAACAUUCAGUACCAAGUUAUUCCUCAGAUUCAGACAGCAGAUGGACAGCUGAGCUUCUCCACUUCCGGCGUGGAAGGAGCGACUCUGACUCAGGAUGCCACGGGACAGAUUCAGAUCUUGCCUGACGGUAGCCAGAGUCUCCAUGUAACAUCAACUGCAAACAUCCUUAAUAACAACCAGAACCUCAUAUCACAGACUUGUAAUGUCCAGCAGCUCCAGGGGGUUUCUCUUGGCAGCUCCACCUUCAACAACCACGGUCAGGUUGUGACUAAUGUGCCUAUGAGUUUGCCGGGGAACAUUACUUUUGUUCCUAUUAACAGUGUGGACUUGGACUCCCUCGGCCUUUCCGGUGCUCAGACUAUAGCAACAGGGAUCACUGCUGAUGGCCAGCUUAUCAUGACGAGUCAACCCGUGGACGGCUCAGAUGGUCUAGCGAAGACGGAUAAUCACCUUUCACAGACACUACCAAUAAAUGACUCAAAUGCAAAUCAUGAGAUAUAUGUGCCAGCGAACGAAUCGGGUCUUCUGUCACAAGACACUUCUUUGUCAUCAGUGGUUACAGACCAAACCGACUCGAGUUCUGGUCUCCAGGAGGGCUUCAUCCAACAGAAUCAGGAUCACAGCAUCCAGGUCUCGGCAGCUCAGUCCAUCAUCCAGCUGCAGCAGGUACCUAUUCAGACCUCCAAUGGUCAGGUGGUCCAGUCCAUGGCGACAGGCGGGCAGAACCUGCAAAACGUGCAGCUGAUCAACCCGGGAACCUUCAUCAUCCAAGCCCAGACGGUCACGCCGUCGGGUCAGAUACAGUGGCAAACCUUUCAGGUGCAGGGAGUGCAGAACCUGCAGAACCUCCAGCUGCCCACAACGCCACCCCAGCAGAUAACCCUGGCUCCAGUCCAGACCCUGUCACUGGGUUCCAAUCAAGUUAGCAUCGGCACGGGACAGAUCCCUAACCUGCAGACAGUGACGGUCAACACAAUGGCCCAACAUGAAGGAGACGCAAACAACCCUGGAGACAUUCGUAUAAAAGAAGAGCCAGACUCUGGAGACUGGCAGCUAAGCACCGACUCCACCCUGAACACAAACGAUCUGUCCCACCUUCGCGUCCGGCUGGUGGAGGACGAGGAUCAGUUGGGUCAGGAGGGCAAGAGGCUGCGCAGAGUGGCGUGUACUUGCCCUAACUGCAAAGAGUCAGGUGGGAGAGGAUCCAGCACGGGGAAGAAGAAGCAGCACAUCUGCCACAUUGCCGGCUGUGGGAAAGUAUAUGGAAAGACAUCGCACCUGCGAGCUCACCUGCGCUGGCAUUCAGGGGAGCGACCUUUUGUUUGCAGCUGGAUGUUCUGUGGGAAGAGGUUCACACGCAGCGACGAGCUGCAGAGACACAGGAGAACACACACAGGAGAGAAGAAGUUUGUCUGCCCAGAAUGUUCCAAGCGUUUCAUGCGGAGCGACCACCUGGCGAAGCACAUUAAAACUCAUCAGAACAAGAAAGCCGUGAACUCUGGCAGCGCAGUGGUGGCCUCGAUGGAAUCCGCGGGGUCCUCAGACAGUAUCAUCACCACGGCAGGCGGGACCACCCUCAUUCUCACCAACAUCCAGCAGGGUUCCAGCAACGCCCAGGACAUCCUGGCCAACGCAGAGAUCCCUCUCCAGCUCGUCACCACAGUAGCGGCCAGCGAAGUCAUGGAGUGAUUUCCGCUCCACUUGUGAACUUCUGAAACCUCUCUCAUACUGUAUACUCUUACCUGCAUUUUUAUUCGAGUUUUGAAGAAAAACGAAAAUUAUAAAUAUAUACAUAUAUAUAUAUUUUAAACACAGAAAUAGUCGGUCCAUGUCUUUACUGAGGCAAAAAUAGUGGCUAAAAGAAGAUAAAGGUGAAAAAAGACAUUGCAGUAAACACACAAGGAAAUGCCUUAUUUUGUACAAGUCGUUGGAAAUGUAGGAUGCCAUUUUGUUUUGAAUCAACGUAUUUUUUGUUAAUGUGUUUUUCACAGAAAAUUAUUGGUAAGUUGAGCAAUUUUCUCCGCCUUUUUUUUGUUUUUGAUGGUAUAUUAUUAUUAUUAUUAUUAUUAUUAUUAUUAUUGUUAUUAUUAUUAUUAUGAUGUCCUUGGUAAGCAAGGUUUGUUCCAUACUUUGAGCAAAGACUGAAUCUCACAACAAGAGCUCAUCUUUUCCAGCUGAAGUAAUGUUAAUGCUUACGUCCAUGCAAAUGUAUUCAUGUUAUUAUUGUUUUCUUUAUAUUAUGCAUUAUUCUUUCAGUGUACUCCUUGCAGUCUGUCUGCUCGCAAAUUAACCAACCCUCCUUCCGCCAGUUUUUUUUGACAACUUUGCUCACAACUUUGAAAAUCAAAACAAUCAAACUUUUGUAUUGUAAUUACUCUUUAACAUUUACUGUUGAUAUGAUGCACAUUAUUUGCUUAUUCAAUAUUUUGACUGAACAGCUAUUUAUAUUUGGUCUUUACAUGGACGAUGCAUUUGUGAUAUUAAAUGUCCAAAAUAUUUCAAAAGGCUCCAUUAUAUGUAAUUUAAAUGUGUUUUUUGUAAAACCUUUUUUGGAGGACUUAAAAAAAAAAAAACAUGCAUUGUAAUAUGAAGAAAAAAAAGCCAUUUCUUUUGGAGGUAAUUGCCAAAUUUGUCUACAAACUCAGGGUGACUUGUGACUGUGUGAAACGAUUAGAGUGAAUCACCCCUGUAGCUUCUUGGGCCAUGGUGGUGAUGUUUGUGAAGAAAUGUUUUUUGAUGAUGGACCAAAAGCUGAGGUGAAUUAAGCUGUCACCAUGUUACCAAUGCUCGUUGAAUUCUACCAUGUCCGUUUUUACGAUCAGGACACCCCCCACCCCCCACCCCCCCUAUUCAUGUUAUAGAAACAGCUUUGCAGAAUUCUCGCCGGUAUCUUGCGCCAUCACGCAGUUGGAAAAAUGUGGAGUAUUACUGAAAGCGGUACUCUUUUUAACAGCACUAUUCUCAUCACUUUCAUCUUGUUGUUAAUCCUUUUGUAUAAAAAAUGUUUUGUAUACUAUCCAAGAAACUGUCCUUUAUAUUCAUCGUCAGUAAAUACAAUGUUUCUGUCUGUGUUUAUUCUUUGUCUUUAACUGUAUGUUGCAUUUCCCUUUUCCAUGUUACUAUGUGUGUUUUUAUUUUAUAUUUGAACCCCCCCCCCCCUCCCUACUUGUUAAAUUGUUAAAUUGAAUACACUCUUAACAGUGAGUUAUGGUGGCAUAUUUGAUUUUCUUUUUGUGACACAAAAUGAAAUUAUGUAACGUGAUCAAUUUAACUCACAUGGACACGUUGUCCUCUUCAGGAGAUUAUACUUUACCCCCAUUAGAACAUCUUUAUAUUCUGUACUAAACACUGAAGGUUUGUUCUCACUUUAAAAUCUUCUGUAUAAAUAUGUGAAUAUAACAUCAAUAUAAACCUUUCUGUUACACUUGAA